AUGAAUGAGAGUUAAAUAUUGAUUAAUACUAAUUAUAAUUUUAUGAAAAAGCUAGCUAAAGUAUUUUGNAUGGAGAUAUAUAUGAAGGAUCAUGGUAAGAUGGAGUUUAACAUGGCGAAGGAACUUUGAAAGCUAAAAGAAAUCAAAAUAAUCAUUACGAAUUCAUUUACUCUGGUCAAUGGAGUUAGGGAACCAGAAAUAAGUACGGUAUUUACUAACUUUCAAAUGGAGAUGUUUAUGAAGGAGUAAUAGAAAAUGGUGUAAAAACAGGAAAAGCUAAGUAUAAAUAUAGCAAAGAGAAAUCAGAAUAUGAUGGAAAUUGGGAAAAUGAUUAAAAAAAUGGGAAAGGAGAAAUGAAAUAUUCAAAUGGUGAUAGAUAUGACGGAUGUUGGAAGGAAGGAAAAAAAAAUGGAAAAGGAAUUUAUUAUUAUAAAAAUGGAGACAUUUAUGAUGGUUAGUAUUAAGAUGAUUAAAAACACGGUAAUGGAAAAAUAGAAUUGUCAUCAUCCAAAUCCAUUUAUAUUGGAGAAUGGUACGAAGGCUAGAUUUAAGGGAAAGGAACAUAUCAGUAUAAUAAUGGAGAUUUUUAUGAAGGAUACUUUGUUAAUGGAUAAAAAGAAGGAAAAGGAAAAUACAAGUGGCAAGAUGGUUCAACAUACACAGGAGAAUGGAAAUAGGAUAAAAUGAAUGGUUAAGGAUGUAUUGAAGAUAUUGAUGGAAAAGUAACAAAGGGAAGAUUUGAAGACAAUAAAUUAAUCAAAGCAGAUGAUUAGUAUUGAUAGCUUUUAUUUUUUAAAAUCAUG